AUGGCGAGUCGUCAGUCCAGAUUAGAGGCUGAGAAAUUGGCCAUCAUCCAGAAAUCCAUGUCGAGAGGCCGGUCGAACUCCCCUUCCAAUAGCAACAGCAGAUCCUCUUCAACCCUGAAUGACGAGUUCAACAAUAAAGACAUCAAGUGGUCUAUUACCAACCACGAUCCACUGGAGCGCUUGAGAGACACCAAUGAACAAGCCAAUGACGAAAAUGGUAAUAACGCUCUCUGGGAAAAUGAGGUGUCAGAAGAGGAGCAUAUCAGUGACGAUGACGACAACGAAAAGUUUCAGUACGAUGGGACAGGUAACAUCUUACCCAAUUACGCCUGCCAGGAUGAAAAGAUACUGGAGAUUUCCACGAUUUUGCAGAACUCGAAUUUGAACGACAGACAAACCAUCAAGAAGCUCGAGGAGUUGACCGCCACAGAGCGGGCAGUCGCUAAUGCACGAAACAUCGGGAAGGACGUCGACCUUGGAGUUGUUGAGAAGCUCACACAAAACAAACAUGCACUCACAGGCAAGGAAGGAUUGGAUCUUAACAACUCCGAUCAGAAUGCCGAAGCCAGAAGACAGAAAUUGGAGACCUACCAAGCUUACAGGCGGAAGAUCAUUGAUCAAGAGAAUGAGCAGUUGAGAGGCCCUCACGGAAGCUAUUCUACCAAAGACCAGGAUGACAACGGUGAGGGCGAAGGGUUCAUGGCACCUUACACUUCUGCAGUGGAGGACAAGUUGGACUCCGAGUUUGCAUCGCAAUUGAACGAGACAAUCAAGGAAGGCGAGAUUGAUUCCAAUAUCGCACACUCUAGAGUUAUCCAAACGAUCACACGUGGUAACUUUUUCCAACUCAUAAAUCCUAAGGUCAAGCCCAAGAUGUUCCUUCUUUGUAUGGACUUCAGUCCAGAGUCAAUCUUUGCCCUUGAGUGGUGUUUGGGAACUGUUUUGGUCGACGGCUCGGUUCUCUUCAUCGUUUGUGUUAUUGAAGAUAAUGAUGCCAACCAUAAUCUUAAAGCAAACUCCACUAACGAGAGAGAGACCGCAAGGCUCAAUAUGCUCAAUCGUGCCAAGCAACAAGUUUUGAACUUGUUGAAAUUGACUAAACUACAAAUUCACAUUGUCAUUGAGAUAAUUCAUCACCCGAUCCCCCGUCAUCUUAUUUUGGAAUUCAUCGACAACCUACAGCCUACGCUAGUUGUGGUUGGUUCAAAGGGUCUGAGUGCUAUCAAGGGAGUCCUCUUGGGAUCAUUGUCGAAUUACUUGGUCACAAAGUCCACUGUCCCUGUGAUGGUGGUGAGAGAAAAGUUGAAGAAGAUAAACAGAUUCAAGAACGGCUCCUCCAUCUUCUCCAACAAUAUUAAGCCUUUGACCUUGUCUGAAGCUAGAGUUGAUUGA